AUGGAAUUCAACGGCACGACUUACCUCGUCAUCGUUGACUAUCUCUCGCGUUACCUCGAUGUCGUACCGCUGACUGCCACAACCUCGAUUGCUGUCAUCAAGCAUCUGCACCGCAUCUGUGCCGAGCAUGGUUUCCCGUCCACCUUGGUUACAGACAACGGUCCUCAGUUUGCCAGCGAGUUCUGCACAGCAAACGACAUCACCCAUCGCACUUCCAGUCCACGGUAUCCUCAGUCGAAUGGCGAAGCGGAACGUGCAGUUCGCACCGCCAAGAAUCUCCUGCGGAAGGCCGAAAGCCUGCAAGAUGCACUCUUGGCUUACCGCACGACACCGCUGAGCAACGGCUAUGUCCCAUGUCAGCUAUUGUAUGGCCGCCAGCUCCGUACCGGUCUACCUGCAACGACUGAGCAGCUGGAACCGAAAUGGCCAGAUCUCCCUAGUAUUCUGGAAUCGGAAACUCAGUCCCAGGAGCAGCAGAAGUUCCACUACGACCAACGGCAUGCAGCUAAGCCUCUCGUGACUCUAUAG